AAUCCCAUCAUUCCAUUUCAUGUUUAAAAGAGAUUAUAUGUAAUUGUUCAUCUACUUUUCAUGCCACCAACAAUAUGAUUUACAUUCAUUUCAUUCCUUUUCCAUUUAUAUUUUUAUCGUGUGAGAGCUAACUUCUAUAUCUGCGUAUUUGUUAAGAUGCUUCCUACUGUUUACAAAUUUGAAAUUUAUUUUUGUUGUUUCAUUUUUUAGUUUUAGUUUUUACAAGCAAUGAAAAAUGAUAUGUAAUCCACUCAACUAAUGAUGGCAUACUUACAACGAAGACAAAUUUUGGCAAGAAGAUAUGCACAUUAUCAAGCACAGAGGAAAGAGAGCACUAAAAGACACAUAAACAAAAGUGUUUCGUUGUAUUCAAUCGGGUGGCGCAGGACAAUAUAUGAAAAACAGAAAUCUAUCUCAAUUCGUGCACCUGCUUGGCCAAUGGGAAUAUCAAUAAAGAUGAACAGUCAUGAUCUUAGGAAAGUGAUUUUGAAAGAAUGGAACAAGAAGAAAGAAGAGCAUUAUCAGUAUGAAAAUGCACAUCAAGAGUUGAUGUCUCAUUCGAUUUCUUACAUUAGACGAACAAAGAGAAAAGUACAACGAAUUAGGAGAAAAAUGCAGUGUAUGAAUACAUCUUUCCUCGAUAAGUUCUACAUGCAACGGACUGUUCAGAAUUUAAGCAACAAUUGGAGCAAGGCUGUUGCAAUAAAAAAAUUGUCAAAUGUGCUGGUUUUCUAUGUGUUACUCUUGGUUAUUGGAUAUAAUCCAUGUUUGAUGAUCGGAGUUGCGUUGAAGACUAGAUGA